UAUUCAAAUGUGUUUGCCAAGCAAUAAUUUUUUUGUUGUCGGUUUAUUUUAUGACGACAUCCGAUGUCCGUUUGUUUAUUUCUGCUGUAUAUGUGUGUGCAAAUAAUUAUGUGUCUUCAUUUUAAGAGACCAGUGUUUUUAUAAUUGUGCAAUGAAAUGCCGUCGGCAAUAAUACAUCACGGCAUCAUUUCAUUAUUGUGCUUCUCAUGCUAAGCUAAAAAGAAAUGCAUUAGGUUUUGGAUACUUAUUCGUGAGCCAAUAUAAUGUUAGCAUUUGAAAAAAGAUGUGUUCGAUUUUUCAUAACCGCAUUAAUUAUCGCGAUACCACCAGUGCUAGCAAUUCAUCGGGAAGUUCUUCGUCAUUGACCAAAGAUAUAGAAGCUGAUCGUAACAAUAAUGAUAACGAUACCGCAAUAAUGUCUGUGAAAACCGAGAGUCCCGAUCAUGCCAAGGACAAUAGAAAAAAUCUUGAGAAUAAUGUUGAAAGUCAAAUUGAUCAGGCGGGUAUCGCAGAAGAGGGCGCUGAAGAUGAGCAAGAUGAAGCGAUCAAUUGCGAUAGAGAUCAAGCGUUGGAUCUAUCUGUACUUCCGAAUGGUUUAUCCACGAGCCGAAGUCACGUAGCUUUAGAAAGUUUACAGCACACAAAAGUAGCGGUAGCUCAAUUUGCAGCAACGGCCUUGGCGACAUCACAAUGUCUAAGUGAAGCAAGACCAGAUUUGACAGCCAUUUUCAAUGCGCAGCGUCAACAUCUAAUACAAUUGCAAUUUAUACAGCAUCUGCAAAGUCAGCUGAAGAAAAGAGAUCAUCGGACACAUAUUUCCCAAGACGAGGAAGAUGAUGAUGACCGCGAUAUAGAAGAGCUUUCAGAAUCAUCUGAAGCUAAGGAUACGGCAAAUGUAGAAGAAUUAGAUUUAAGUCAGAAAAGGUCAUCAGAACACUGUGCUAAGGAAACUAAUGAAUGCAUUAAUAAAUCCAAAGAUAUUGUGCAAGUCAAAAAUUAUCUAGACAUAGAGAAUACCAAGACUGAAGAAUCAAGUGCAAUUGUGGGUGAUAGUUCAGGUGAUAAGCCCUCAGUGGGAGCAGACGGCAAUAGUUUUCAACCAUUAAUGUGUAGCAUUAGCUCAUCAUUGGCAUCUAGUAUUAUAACCAAUCAUGAUCCUCCACCCGCCCCCGAUGAACCAAACUGUCUGGAAGUAUUGCAAAGGCGUACCGAAGAAGUCUUGGACUCGGCAUCACAAAGUUUACACGCCUCUCAAAUGCAAGACGAGUACGAGUACGGGCAAAAAGAUGGCCAGGGAAGAGGUGAAAUUUUUAAGCACCGAUGUAAAUACUGUGGAAAAAUAUUCGGCUCAUUUUCGGCCCUACAAAUACAUUUACGGUCUCAUACAGGCGAACGGCCCUUUCAGUGCAAUGUUUGUGGCAGUAAAUUUACAACAAAAGGAAAUUUGAAAGUCCACUACCAAAGACAUACACAAAUAUACCCGCCCAUUCUGCUGCCACCGGGUGUAGGGCCUCCGCCACCACCUCCGCCACCGCCACCAACGGAACUCUCAUCACCUAUUAUGGGAGCAAUGGGACCUUUGGUGCCUUUGUCUCUGAGAAUGACAUUCGUUGAAAAGUCAGCUCUGAAAGAGCCAGCUGAAAUUAAUGAAAGUUCUCGGAAUUCCAAAGAUGAAAUUACGGUAAUAGAGUCUCAGCAGCCGGAACUGUCUAGAGUAGAAAUUUCCCAGCCACAGCAGCAAGAAGAACGACCUGAAGAUCUAAGCAAACCAAUUAACGAGACCGAACUAAAACCGAAACCUUUGGUGAGGGUAAAAACUCCACAAGCUUUAAUGGAUCCAAGUCUUGAAAACUCAAUAGAAAAAGCUGAAAGACCAAUGCCUUCUCUGACACCGAAGCGAAAUCACAAUCAGAGGAAGCGUGGAUCUAGCAACGCCACUCCCCCACAAGAAUUGCGCAAAGCCCAUGCCUCCAAUUUGGAAAAUGAGAUACCCGAACAUCACUUGUCAAAAAUUUUCCGACGUUCGUCGCUGUCGCGCAAUAGCAGCUUAGAGCACUUGUCAAGUGAUUAUACUCAGAUGGACAGUUAUUUAGAUAAGUCAUGGGAAGAUCUCAUAGAAAUAGAUACGACAUCGGAAACAUCAAAAUUGCAGCAAUUAGUGGAUAAUAUCGAAAAUAAACUUACAGAUCCAAAUCAAUGCAUAUUUUGCCAGAAAGUUAUGUCAUGCCGUAGCUCUUUGCAAAUGCAUAUCCGUACCCAUACAGGCGAACGUCCCUUUCGAUGUAAAAUAUGUGGACGAGCGUUCGCUACUAAGGGUAAUUUGAAAGCACAUAUGAGUAUACAUAAAAUCAAACCACCCAUGCGUAGUCAAUUUAAAUGCCCGGUGUGUCAUCAGAAAUUUUCCAAUGGCAUAAUUUUACAACAACACAUCAGAAUACAUACCAUUGACGAGGGAUCGAUAGGAGGACCAGGCAUGAUGGGCACAACUGCAGAUAUGGCUGCUGCAAUAGCUGAACACAAUAACAGAUUAAGGGCGCAUAUGGAAUCGAUGGCUUUGGAAGAUCAGAAUUCUAAUAAAUCGAUGGGAGCUUCAGAUAACUUCGAUUUCUCUACAACUUCUGAAUAUUCGGGUCAAAGGUCAGAAUCAUCGCAAGGAGAUUUCGAUGAGUAUAUGACUAUGGAAAGUACGGACGAUUCGCGGGAGAACUCUUCCUCUGUUACGCCUUUAGAUAAACGAAGCCCUGAAGAAGUUGACGACAAAGCAGAAUCGGAGCAUAUGGAUUACACUGACAUGGCUGGAGCAAUUGACUUAUCUUCACGUAGCGGAGCGGCGACGAAACAUUUAGAUAAUCUGCCGUCCGUUUUGGGUAUGCCGCCUAAUUUUUGGCUAAUGGCUGCCGCCCGAGAAGAAAUGCAAACAUUAGGUGCUCAAGGCAAAUUUCCCCUAUUACCCUUCGGGCCGCUGGGAUUCAUGAGUUUACAGCCUCCAGCUCAUAUCUGCCAAUUCUGUUUUAAACUAUUCCCGACCACAGCAGCUUUGGAAUCUCACAUACACACCGAGCACACCAAAGACGAUGCAACUCUAUUAUCUGCCACAAUAUCAACAUCUGUUACCGCCACAGAUAAUACCAGCAAUAUUUCAACUAUUGCCAACAACUCCAACUGUGAUAGAAGAGAAAAUUCACUAUUUAAUGCUAAGCUCGCUUUGGGUUCGCGUAUAUUCGAUAAUAAAUCUCCUCAAACUGAGGAAGAAGAACACCAACAACUAGAGCAAGAUCAAAAUUUUAAUAAAACUUCAGUCAAUCAAAACAAACAACAACAACAACAACAAUCUUUACCAGACCCUUCAUAUAAUGAGUUAGCUGCAAAUAUUAAAGAAGAGCCCAUAACGGAAUUAGAAGAUAAUCCCAAAUCGCCUAAGCCAUACGAGGACGAAGAAGAUGAAAUAUAUCACAGUUCUAAUGCACCGACCCCAACAUCACAAUCUAUUACUAAUACUAGCGCGGCGACGAGCCAUCAAAAAUCUCCCACUUUAUUGUCCGACCAUAGUCACCACCACUCGCAUCACCAUCCUCAGCAGCACCACCACCACCACCACCAUCAUCAUCAUCAUCCGACUGAUGCUGCCGAACAUUCUUUGAUGAAAAUGCAGAUGCUAUCUACAAUUCCCCAUCAAUUGCCAAAUUCUUUGCUGCAUACAGAGACACAUCGUUUCCCCGCUACGCCGUUGGAUUUUCAACAAGCUUUAAUGUCUGUGGGUCCUCCGACAUCCAGUCUAGAUCCCCCGGUUAAUAAUAAACAUUUCUGUCACAUUUGCCGACGCAAUUUCAGUUCAAGUUCCGCGUUACAGAUACAUAUGCGUACGCAUACCGGUGAUAAACCAUUUCAGUGCAAUGUAUGCCAAAAAGCCUUUACUACUAAAGGUAAUUUAAAGGUUCACAUGGGCACGCAUAUGUGGUCUAAUCCCACAUCCCGUAGAGGCAGACGUAUGUCUUUGGAGUUACCUAUGCAUCGGCCAGGUGGUUCAUUGGCAUCGGAUAAUGAAUUUAUACCCCGCAGACCUGAUAUAUUCUUUCCAUACCUUCCGCCCUUUUUCAAUGGUUUGCCGCACAAGCCUGGCGGCACUGAUUUGAACACGAAUGCAUUUCCCACACAAUUACCUUCCCAACAUUUGGCAAAUGGUGCUAAUGGACCUCCAAAAUAUCCUACCAGCUUACCCCUACCAUUUUCGCCUUUUUUGCAAAGCCCCUAUAACUUCAAUCCUAUGCUGUCGACGCAUUCGCAAACAAGCGAGCGACAUCAACCGCAUCAUUAUAACAAUAAAAUCACACCUCCCCGUAACGCUAGCGAAGACGAAGAGCCAAAGAUUUGUUCCAGUCCACCAGGAAGCGGGGAUCUUAAGCAGCAAGAACACGCUUCCAAUGCUGUCUGGCCGUCAUCAUCAUCAUCGUCAUCAUCGUCAAUAGCGACGUUGUUAAAAAUUAAAACCGAAAACAAUCAAAAUGAUAUUAAUUCCCAUUUAGAUAAUAACGAAAUUGAAAAUAAUAAUAAUAAUAAUAAUAAUAACGAUAUUCAAGAGUAAGGAAGACGAUGGACGUAGGAAAGUUAUAAAAAUAUUUUUGGAAAAUGAAAAAUAUAUAUGAAAUGUAGUAUAGAUUAUUUGAAAAACAUGGUUUUUGUGGAGUACAUAUCUUAAAAAGGAAAACUUAAU